CGUCAGCAUAACAACAACCUGUCAUGAUAGCUCACGAGAGAGAAAUUUAAUCCAGGAACAUUUCCUAGCCGACCAAAUACCCCCCAAAAAGCCGUUUGGAUGAGAGACGUCUUUUAAAAGUGUUGGAGAUCCAGGCGGGGACAGGGCGUUCUUGAGUCUGUCGGUCGAGCCAGCCGAAGAGACGGGGAACAGGAUUGGGAAGCAGGGCGAGGCGGGCCCCGCGGAGCCGGUGGAGAAGAUGGCCGGCAGCCCGGAGAAGAGUUCCACCGCGCAGGAGCUGAAGGAGCAGGGCAACCGCAUGUUCCUCUGCCGCAAGUACCAGGAGGCUGCGACCUGCUACAGCAAAGCCAUUAACCGUAACCCCUCCGUGGCAGUGUACUACACCAACCGGGCCCUGUGCCAUGUGAAGCUGCAGCAGCACGACAAGGCUCUGGCAGACUGCAAGCACGCCCUGGAACUGGACACCCAGUCAGUCAAGGCCCACUUCUUCCUGGGCCAGUGUCACCUGGAGCUGGAGAACUACGACGAAGCCAUCGGCAACCUGCAGAAAGCGUACAAUCUGGCAAAAGAACAGCGGCUGAAUUUCGGGGACGACAUCCCCGGCGCCUUGCGCAUCGCCAAGAAGAAGCGUUGGAACAGCAUCGAGGAGAAGCGCAUCAACCAGGAGAACGAGCUGCACGCCUACCUAAGCAAACUCAUCCUAGCAGAGAAGGAGAGGCAACUUGAAGACUACAAGGAAAAGCAGGACGACGAUCAUAUUGGAGGCGAUGUGGCCAAGAUUGCAUCCAAACACGACAAGUACUUAAUGGACAUGGAUGAGCUCUUCUCUCAAGUGGAUGAGAAAAGAAAAAAACGGGAGAUUCCAGACUAUCUGUGCGGCAAGAUCAGUUUUGAGCUGAUGAGAGAGCCGUGCAUCACACCCAGCGGGAUCACCUACGAUCGCAAAGACAUCGAGGAGCACCUCCAGCGAGUGGGCCAUUUCGACCCAGUCACUCGAAGCCCCCUGACCCAGGACCAGCUGAUCCCCAACUUGGCCAUGAAGGAAGUGAUCGAUGCCUUUAUCCAGGAGAAUGGAUGGGUGGAGGACUACUAGACAGAUCUGGUCUCUCUAUCGCCUCCUCCUCAAGUCAACACGAGACUGUAGAGAAGAUGUCGCGGCUUGCCUGGACGCGAACACGGGAGCUGCCGGGGGCCUCGUAGCUCGUCCCGUUCUCUUUGCAUCCCAAACAUGUGAGGCUGUGUGUUUGUGGCCUGCUACACCCUUUAACACCACCCCCACCCACCAUCUUCUACACCUUCAUCCUCCUUUUUCUUUCCUCAACAUGGGGCCACGCUCUCAGGUCUCCUUCUCUUCUCUUCUCUUCUCUUCUCUUCUCUAUUUCUAGCUCGAGUGCCACAAUCCCAGGUAAGCGUCAAUAAAAUGCUCUCGUGUCCAUCACGUGACUGCCAAAAGAAAGUCAAUCGAAAUUCCUCAUUUUUAACAUUUUGACCUGAAAUGGUAAUCAUGCCAAAAAAAAAACAUAAAACCCAAAAAACAGUUUUCAUUGUGUGACCACUUUGUGUGCAAGUUUACACAAUGACAGUGGGGGGUUAAAAAAAAAAAGUUACAAGUUUAUCUGUUUUCAGUUGUCAGCUCGACCUCUAGGUGGCGCCACAAUCCCUCACGCGCAGCUGCGUGAUUUGACAUUUUUAGUGAAUCGUUCUUCUUGUGCUACUCAUGGAAAGCGAUUUAAGCAUUUCUUCGAUAUCCUUGAUAUCCAUCCAGAUUGAGAUUCAUGUACUAGUUAAUAUGCAGUUUGUCCUCACUAGUAAUACAAUUCAGUGCACUAUGAGGUUAUCGACUAACAGCUCAAACGGCUUGUCAUGAAGCCUUUUGCGCAUUUAUUUAUUAUUCGAUAUUUUUGAUGUGCACGGCUAGUACUACUAGUUAAUGGUAGAGAACUAGUGUUUUAUGUCAUUGGUGGUACAAUUCUCAUGCAGUUGUCAACUCGUGCAUAGUUUUUGCAUCACUAGUAAUGUAGUUGUUCUACUAGUAUGCCAAAGUUGUCCUUUUAGUGAGGACAGGGCGUACUAGUACUUGAACCUUGAGAUGGGUAUCAACGAUAUCAGCUUGCCAUAAAACCAGUCUGAGCAUUUAUUUGCAGUGCACUAGUAGCGUAGCAGAUAAAGGCCCAAACAGCUUUAUGGCAAGCUGUUUGAUCCAAAAGAGUGUACUGUACGAGUACGUUGACCUUAAGCUGGGUCUCCAGGAUACUGAAUAAAUGCUCAAACGACUUGCAAUACACUCAAGUACAGACAAUUGAGAUGAGACGAAUGUAUGCAGUAUGUGUUGUUUGGUUUUGAUCUGAAACUGUUUAAAAAGGACUCUUUGGGGGGGGAGAUGCUGCCUUGAAGUGGAGAAAUGAAGACAAAAGUUCUGCUGGAUUGAAACAAAAAGAAAAAGUUUUCACAUUGUUGAAUAUUCCAUCAUAAUGUGUGCGAAUCAGCUGAUGGAGGGUGACGCUUGCACGUGCUUUAAAUGGUGUUCAUGCGCGCACACGUGUGCUGCGACGAUGUGUUUGUUGCUCAGAUCGCCGUUGAAGUGACUGGUCUUGUUACAAAAACAUGAAAAAAAGCAUUUUUUUCGGACCCUGAUCCUCCUUGCUGUUACUUUGAAGCGUCCCCUUGCUGACUUGCAAAAAACAAUCAUCAGGGGGGGGGGGGGGGCAACCAUGUUGACUGUCAUCAUCCCCCUCGGUUAAAAUGCUGGGAAAGCAUCUGUCAUGCAUACCUCCGUUUUUGCCAGCAUUCCUGUAAAACUGUGCUUUGAGUUGACUGAUCUUCUAGCCGAGUGGUUCACGUCAGGGUGAAGAAAGUGUAAAUAAUUAGCUUGUCUUAUUUCUUGACAAAAUAUGGUUCUUUGUUCUCUUCGUUCGUUUUUCUUGCCGUCUUUCAGCUUGAGAAAAAUGUAUUAAAUGUAGAUAUGUUGAUAACAUGAAGGCCCCGUUUGUUUUUCUUUUUUUUUUUUUGGUCCACCAUUAAAGCUUGUUGUGUUAUUGGGCACUGAAGUAUCAUUCAAGAGACAUUCACUAUGUUAACAUGCCAACUCUUGCUACACAUUGGUAUUGUGUUUUUGGUAUAACUUCAAUUUAGAAGGUAAGCGGUUACGAUAGCCAUACGACUAAGCAGAUGACAUGAACCUGUGAAUAAAUGCCAGUUAUUUCAAAUA